CGGAAUCAAUCGUUUAAGAAAGCAAUAAAAGCAGUAAGCCCAGAUAUUAAAAAGAUAAAGCAAACAUUUUUUCUGGCUGAACAGGUAAAUCCUUCUCGAAACAUGGCUAUAAACUCUGCACUAACUUUCAUUUUUGGCCUUGCUCUCUCUUUGACAGUUGUCAAUUCAGAGCAGUCUUUCACAUGCGAUUUCGAAAGAGACACAUGCGGCUUCACAAAUGUAGAAGGUAACACAGCCACAUGGACAAGGAAAGAAAUCAAACUUGGCGGCAGAGAAGGCUAUGUCAUGACUGUUGAAUUGAACGAUACAACUGUCCAAAGUGCAAAAAUGGUAACGCCAUAUUUUGAGGUCCAUGAUGAAAUACCUGGGUGUUUCACUUUCGACUUUUAUACUUCUGGCAAUGGAAUCCAAUACUUUAACACACAACAGGAAAGGAACUUCGGUAUUGCUGCGAUAUGGUUAUUCGACAAAAAGUCCUCUGGAUGGCAAAAGGCUAGAGUCAGCGUCACCAUUGACGAGUCCACGAGAUUUAUCUUCCAUGCAGUGAUUGACCCAUCUGUUGGAGAAAGUGUAGUGGCCGUAGAUAAUGUUGUUUUGAAACUGAGCCAAUGCUGAGAAACUCUGCUAAUGGAAUCUCCGAUUUAAAAGUUUCGGCAGUUCCUCCUUUCAUCUGCAUAUGAUACAAGUAAUUUACACCAUAGAAUAUAUACAUGCUGCAAUAAAAGAUAAAAUUGA